UGCAGAUUCACUGUGCAGUCGGCCCGGCAACAUUCACAGACACAGAGCAGCCCGUCUCACUAGUCAUGGCUUCCGCCGGCUUUGACCCUUACUUUUCUUAUGCUUACAAGAAGCGGGGAGUUGUGCGCAGCGGAGGAUAUGGGGCUGGUGGAGGAGGAGUAGCUAGGUCUGCCUACUCCACCCACUCUGCCCCAGUACCUUCCUAUGCAUCUUCACGCAGAAGUUAUCCAGCAUACACCCGAGCUACUUCCAGCUACUCCACCCUUCUUUCUGCUCCUGUGUUUGCAGCUACUCCUGAGCUACGCCUUGACCAAGCAGCCCAAGUCAGCUCUGAGUUCAAAGCAGUAAGGACCCAGGAGAAGGCUCAGCUGCAAGACCUGAAUGACCGCUUCGCAAGCUUCAUUGAGAGGGUCCAUGAACUUGAGCAGCAGAACAAGUUGCUGGAGACUGAACUCCUGCUGCUUAGGCAAAGGCAGACGGAGCCAUCCAACAUUCGGGCCCUGUAUGAGCAUGAGAUCCGCCAGCUCCGUGUAGCUGUGGAAGAGGCCCGCCAUGAAAAGCAAGCAGCCCAGGACCACAGGGAUCAGAUGGAGGAUGUGCUGAGGAACCUGCAGAAACGGUAUGAGGAGGAAGUGCUUGGCAGAGAGGAGGCCGAGGGCAGGCUCAUGGAUGCCAGGAAGGGAGCAGAUGAAGCCACACUGGGCCAGGCCGAGCUUGAGAAACGAGUCGAGACCCUGCUGGAGGAGCUGGCCUUCCUGAAGCGCCUCUGUGAGAGUGAGAUUGCGGAGCUGCAGGCCCAAAUCCAGUACAGCGCAGAGGUGUCAGUGGAGAUGGAGGUUGCCAAACCGGACCUGUCUGCUGCCCUCCGUGACAUCCGAGUGCAGUACGAGAAGCUGGCACAGCGCAACCUGCAGUCGGCCGAAGAAUGGUUCUGCAACAAGAUGAAUGUCAUGACAGUGGGCGCCACUCGCACCACGGAGACUGCACGCGGUGCCAAAGAUGAAGCUGGAGAGUACCGCCGGUUGCUUAAAGCCAAAAUGCUGGAGAUUGAUGCCUGCCGCCAGAUGAACCAAGCUCUGGAAAACCAACUACAGGAAGUGGAGGAGAAACAGAGUGCCGAGAUUGCUGCACUGCAGGAUACAAUACGUGAACUGGAAGAAGAGCUGAGGGCAAACAAAAAUGACAUGGCUCGCUACUUGAAAGAUUACCAGGACCUUCUGAAUGUGAAGAUGGCACUGGAUAUCGAAAUUGCUGCAUACAGGAAGCUCCUUGAGGGAGAAGAGAAUCGUUUGAAUGUGGCAGGACCGAUUUCUGUCACUGGGUACUCCCAAGCCAUGUUUUCUGCUCCGUCCUAUGCAAGAACGCAGAUCUCCAUGCAUUCUCAGCUGAGCUCUGCAGCUCCAUACCUGCUGAGCUCCCGCCUGUAUACUACAUCGCUGCCCACAGAGGAGACAAUAUCUGCGAGCCAAGCACAGCAGGCAGAGGCUAGCCCUCCCGAAGAGGAGGAAGAAGAGCAGGUGGAAGAGGAAGAGAAAGCUGAAGAAGAAAAGGAGGAAGAAGAGGCAGCGCAGGAGGAAGGGGGGGAAGAAGAGGAGGAGGAGACAGCAGAGAAGGAAGGAGACGAAGAAGAGAAGGAGGAAGAGGCAGAUGCAGAAGAGGCUGAGGCAGAGGAUGGAGAAAAAGAAGACGAGGGGGAAGGAGGAGAGGACGGCCAGCCUCAAGAGGAGGAAGAUGCCGAUCAGAAAGAAACAAAGGGCGAUGAAGAGGGUGAGAAGGAGGACGAAACUGGAAAAGAAGAGGAGGCUGAGGAGAAAAAUGGGAAAACAACAGAUAAAAAAGUCUAACUUUACUCAUUUUAAAAACAAAGUGCUAGCCUGUAGCUAAAAGGAUGUUCCAAAUCCUCUGGUGCUCCUAUUUGCUCUGAUGUCUCAUUCAAACCAAAUGAAAAUCUCUUAAAAAAGUGCUGGUGACCUUCACCUCUGUGUGGUCGACACGAGUGCCUGAAAGCAUGUAUGCACAGGUACACUCUGCAAAAGAUUCUGCAAAAAAAAAAAAAAACAUUUACAAAGAAAGGAUUUGUCAGCGGUAGGAAUUCUGCUUUGUGAAGAAAUGUUUGCUGGUGCUUUACCUUAACCAAAAUAUGCUUAUGUAACUGCCUUGUAUGUGCAAUAGCCUUCAAGUCCAUCAUGUGCUGCAUUAAACUCCAAUAAAGCCUUGAAGCCUUCUUAACCAGAA